AUGGAUGACACAUUAAGUGUCGGUGAUACGGUGUGUUUGUACUCGGCGGAAAGUUUUGGUUUCAUAUUCUCCACUCAGUCCAGCUCAGUACACAAUGAAGUUGCCGUAGGCUCACGACAAGACAGGCAUCGACCCGACGUACAGGAUCAACAGGUGAUUUCAUUCAAUCUGGAGGUUGCUAAUCGCUACAAACUCAACAAGCAACUAAGAAAGUUACAGGCAAAAUUAGCAGAAGAUCCAGAAAAUAUAUCCCUCAGAAACACAGUCUCCAGGGCAAAGCUCGCUGCUGAGGCUGAAAAUGACGACAACAUUUUGGAACAAAAGAGACAACAAGGAAAGAAGGUUCUUUAUGGCCAGAUCAUACAGCUACGGCAUCUCUUUACAAAUAAAUACAUCCAUGUCAGUACAACAAAAACAUCGGACACAGAAACAAACAACAUGGCGGUGGAACUGAAGGAAGAGAAUUCCAAGCAUGCGCUGUUCCGUUUAAUGCCGAGAUAUAAAGUCAAAGCAGAAGGAGAUGUGGUCCAAGUUGAUGAUCAAGUUGUUCUGGAGAGUGUGAAGUCUCCAGACUCGUACCUACACGUCAGCAAAUCCUUCCUCGGUCAGUUGUCCGUCUAUAGCAAAAGUCAUGAACUAAAUGUUUCGGUUCAGCAGUCUGGCUUCACGAUCUGCCGGAAGUAUAAACCUUCAUCAGGGGACAGCACUAAAAUAAAAUUUGGGGAUCUGAUUCGCUUCUACCACAAGGAAAUGGAGGCCUAUUUAGUGGCAUCGGGGCUGUUUGAUGAUGAACUUUUAGAAGAUGUUCACAUGAGGCUAAGACCAAUGGAUCAGACAAUUCCUAAAACCUUAUUCCCAAGCUCCUCCGCAAUCACAUAUUGGCAGAUAGAACGACAGGAGGGACCUGUUUCUGGAGGCGUUUUGAAAUGGGAACAGCAGUGUAAAAUCAUUCAUAUGUGCACAAGAAAAUACUUGACAGUCAAGGACGGUCAUGUGACCUUAACCAGUGACCAUCUAGAUCCCACUACUGUGUUCAGGCUACAUCCUGUCAUAAGGGUACGAUGUAGAAUUGACUACAUGAAUGAAAAUGACGACAUACCCCCAGACAGUUAUUGUCGAAUCGAACACGUGGUAACAGGACGCUGGCUUCACGGAGGAACAGAAGAAUACAAGAAAAAGCAGAAAGAUGGAGAUGAUAACACACAAUCUAUGUCAUCAUUAAAGUGGAGCACAGCGGAACUGAAAGAGAUUAAUACGAUAGAAGAGAUGCAAUAUGAUGACGCCUUCACCAUACAGAAAGUGGAUGAGGAAUUUGUCAGCAUCUUCAACUACAUGGCUGGAAUGGUCCCAUUUAUACAGAAACUUAUAGUUGAUAAAAAGGCAGGACUAAAACUAAACGCAAAGAUGGCCCAUGAUGCUGAAUGUGCGUUACAAGAAUUAAGUGCCUUUAUGGUAGUCAACGGGUAUCCAAUCAAGAGGAGACAAAAGUUACUGAGAAACCUAAGAAUUGUAGAACUGCUUGUGAGACUCUUGCAAAUACCAUUUAGGGGCUCAGCUGAUCAAAUUCACAUGACAAAGCUGUUCGUUGAGUCGUAUCGUGUAAUGUAUGUGUAUCUUAUGGGAGACAGCAGAAAGAACGAACUUUACAUCGCCAAAUACAUCGACUUCUUCCAGUCGCAGUUUGAACUCAGAGAGGGUCAAAUUGGUUUGAACGCUGUGCACAUGGUCAUGGAACUUAUCCGUGACAACAGAAAAAUUGUUGAUAGAAUUUCUAAGGAUCACAUCGACAAAUUUGUUGACCUCUUACAAAGAGACAAGAAUCACAGAUAUUUAGACUUGCUUGGUGUACUUUGUGUAUGUGACGGCGUGUCUAUUGCUGUCAAUCAAAAGUACAUUACUGAGGCGUGGCUAAUGAGAGGCAGCAGACAGAAUUGUGUUUAUUACACCGACCUUGGACAAAAGAUAGGAAAAGAGAAUGGCGUGGUUUAUGUUUCCACAACACAAGGAAGAACGUGGACUGAGUUGUCUAACUUUGCUGACAGUAACUCCAGCGAAUCCUACCUUUUCCUGGAGCAUCAACUAGAACUGUUUGGAUAUCUUUGUCACGGUCAGAAUGAAUUUUCAAUCAAAGUCAUAACCCAAGAGUUGAACUAUCUGACCUGGGAGGAGGCGUUUACAUGUUUGAGUGACACACGUCUUCCAGACAAACUUAGAUCGCAGUACUGUGACCUUAUCAUUACUAUGUUUGUGGAUAUUGGCGAUAAUCAUUCUGUAGUGGAUCGAGUCAAACUGUCCUACAUAUAUGAUGACAUCGACUCAGUUGAGGAUCGAGUUGACAAUACACAGUCUAAGACGUACAAAUAUUUUCCUAUGCUAAGCGAGUGGAUUUCCAACUUCCUGACUAGUAAUGGCGAUAUGACGGCAUCGACCAUUGGCAACAAUUUGCUUGUCAAACAGGUUCUAAGAUUGGUUGACCACUUAGUAUCAUUUGGGUUCUACUACAAACCGGAGGAUAUCAAAAAGUUGCUGGAGCCACUCAUGUCCCUGAUUGACGGCAGAAACGACAAACCGUAUCCGAAUGUCACGGGAAAAGACGCAGACGACGUUCUGAAAGCCUUUAGAACAAAAGAAAGAUUUGAAAGAAGUGAAGAAACCUCAGCUAUUGUGGAAGCCAAGUGCCAGGCUUUAGACACACUCGAUUUGUUCUUCAACUACAUUUUCAACCUUCGAAUGGAGAGAUUUAUGAGUAUGUUCAAAGUUACACACACGCAAGCGAAUAAUCCGAGCAGCUCACCACCUGAACUGGGUCCCCUUCUAUCCGAAAAUUUCGACUUACAUUCUCAGCACAGGUAAGCGAAUAAUGCAAGAGGUCUGAGUUAUGUAGUUCUUUUAAAUAUAAUCAUGUCCAACCUAUUCAGUGUUUGCAAGUCCGCCCUGAAAAAGUUGAGAGAUAUAUUUGAGCAGACAUCCUUUCUGAAGAAUUAUGAAGUGGUAGACAUCCUUAAGGACCUGUCCUUCUACCACUAUGACGAAAUGAUCAGGAUGUCCAUGCAUCUCUUAAACAGAUACUUCUCAUCUCACCACCAGCUUUUCACAAAUACUGUUCAAGCUCAGGUACUCAUAACUGACAAAUCUGAGGCUGUGAUGGAAACCUUGGAGACCUUACUCCCUAGCCUAAGGCGACUGUCGUCUGCUAAACUAGACAACCAGCAGGCAGAAGAGCUCGUCGCCAUGUUAGACAAACUCAUAUCACUGUGCCAUUUAGAAAAGGAACCAGAGGAAGCACAUGGAAUGAACCAGAGCAUCUUAUAUAAUCACGGUUUAAUUGAAGAUAUGUUCAUCAUUCUUCAGCAGGACAUUGACGUUCGCCUUCUGGAUCAGUACACAGGGCAGAAAAAGGUUCUUCAGCGGGCAUUUACAUUGUUGAAAUUGAUGGCUAGAGACAACAAACUCGUUCAAGGUCGUCUGUUUGACCGACUAGACAUGCUUCUGUCGAAACGAGGCGCAGAGGCAGAAUUGGCAGAAUGCAUCACAGAGGUUUUCACUGGAAAUUCCAACACGUGUAUGAAGAUCCACUCCUAUCAGGUUCACAAGAUUAUGACACUAGUAUCAAUCCAUAAAGAAGAUGUUCCACAGUUUCUUGAUUUGCUGAAUGCCAUUGUGAAAGUGGAAGAACUUGAUCUUCCAUUAAAAAGAAACCAAAGUUUUGUUAUGCAGUAUUUCAUGCAAUACAGAUCCGAUAUUGCGCAAGUGAUUGAUCAAGAUGAAGGGGCAAGACUGCAAGUUUUAACGAAUACAGGACGCCCAGAACUACAGUACUUGAUUUCUAUGGUGGAUGUCUUAGCUACAUGUGCCGAGGGUGAAAACAGGCACAUCGAAUCAAUUUGUCAGACAAUCUUCAGUAUCAGAGAUCUUCUAAAAAUACUGACAAAUCAGAUUAUUAGUAACAACUUCAAACUUCCAUUUCUCCGCUUUCUUCUCUGGGUUUACCUGAACACUGCAGGUGGGAUGAUAGAGAGUGGAGCUGGUGACAUGCCCCAUGAUAGCUUAAUGUGGCAGUACCUUUCUGAGAUAACAACGGAUCUAGACAGUGUAACAAAGUAUGCGAAAGAUAACACAGAAAACACCAAAAUGCUUCUAAAAGCACCACCACCAAAAAGAAUACGAAAAUUUCUAAUUUCAAUAAGUAACACCACAGGGAGUAAGGAAGAAGAGACACAGGGAACGCUUCACUAUAUAUUUGAUGGAAUCAUGCCAUUUCUUCAGAUUUUCUGUCGCUCAUUUUAUCAGCCUGAUUCGUCAUUGUUUCCUGAUGAGCCAGAAAAAAUGGAUAAACUUGCAAAUUCAUUUAAGGAAUUCAUGGAGGUAGUUGCUCCGUUGAUAUGCGUAGAGAGACAGAUGAAGAACUUGGUUUCCUGUAUGACGUCACUAUUGUCAGCGUCUACUCUUCCUGUCAAAGUAAUAAAUCGGCUAAAAAAAUUAAAAUACUACGCAUAUAAAUAUAAUAUCAUGGAAGAAUUCAAUGAGAAAUAUGGACAAACAAUGGGUUCACAUGAUAUUCGGAGUGAUGCAAGAAAGUCUUAUGAAUCUUACUACGAAAUGGAAGAAGAGAUUAAUAGACAGCUAAAUGUGUUUUCGGUAAACAUGAGGAUUGCUUAUGGAGGUCCAAAUACAAUAGAGGCUCAGAUUGACUACCAUUCAAAUGCAGUUUAUUCUGAGGUUGGCGGAGAUGAGGAGUUACCAUUGGGUCAAGAGUUUCAGGAUCAUCUCAAAUGUUUCAUGGAUCCUAGCAAUAAAGAUCCGAUCCAACGAUAUCGGAUGAGCGAAAAACUCAUCAGGCAGUUAAAAAUAUCAAAUCAGUUAACACAUCUAAGCGAAAAAGAGAAGUUGGAACAAGAACAGCUCGAUGUUAAAUGUUUGCAGCUUCUGCGAGCCAUGAUUUAUAAUGAAGUGGUCAAGCUUCCAGAUGACUGGGAGGCUGAAGUAUCCGCCCAUCGAAAAAAACUGAAGGCUAUUUCUGACGUCCAAGAUGCUCUGAAUCAUUUCGAUGUUGUUAUCAGCGUCAUGGAACACCUGAAUCGUCCCCAGGAUAAUGUGGUCCGGGAAACACUGUCUUUUAUAUGCAUGCUGCUCUAUAAUGGAAACGAAAAUGUGCAGACUAAACUUUAUGAGUAUUUCACGGGUACAAGAGAGGAGUCGUUUUUCUUUACCUUAAAAGCUCGUAUGCAGAUGUCUGCCAUUGCAACACGAGAGAAGCGACUAUUACAUGCGAUGUACCAGUCUAAGGUUGACGAAGCCGUCCAACAGGCUAAAGCAUUACAGAAAGCAAUGGCGUCCGGCAAAAUGGCACAAUUGGAAAUAUUGAAGGCCAAUAGAAUAGGGUCAAUGAUGUCCAUGGCAAAACGAUCCAUGGCACAACUCCGUCCAGGAAGUAAUUUGCCUGCUUUACCUGGGUCUCCAAGACCAGCAUCGCGAUUUGGCUCCAAAGCGAAACUUGGAGGAGGUUUUAGUCGAGAGAACACAAUGAUGGGCAAUCAUUUUCUACAGCCUCCUACCCUUACUGUUAAUGGCGUCCAGAAAUCCACACUUCAAAUGAAUGGCAGUGCAAAUGGUUUUUCCAACCCCAAAUCGAAGGUUGCACCAAUGGAAAAUCCUCCAGAAAUUCAGAUCGAGAAAGUAGAUGAAGAAGAAUUAAAAGAGCUGAUGGGAGCAGCUAUGAGUAUGACAGGAGAUUUCACGUUCAGGGAUGAUGGUUACAUAGAACUUGUACUUCGUAUGCUGGGACUAAUGUGCGAUAACCAGCACUUUGAACUUCAGAAUUACAUACGAGAGCAAUAUGAUAACAUCAAGUCGGUAAACCUGGUGGCAGAAACAACCAAGUUCCUAAACAUUCUAUACUCCAACAUCAACGACAGGACCAUGCCGUUAGUGGUGCAGCUCUUUGACACAUUGGUAGAAUUCACAUCGGGCAAUAAGAAAAACCAGUCGGUAGUGUUUGAAAACAAGGUUUGUGAUUACAUCAACCACAUACUUAGGACGGGCCAUUUUCCGGGCUGUGGACUCAAGGAGGAGUAUAUCCUGAAAAGGUCUAUAGCAGUGCUGAUACGAUCUUUGACAGAAGAAAAUACCCCGGAUGUAGAUGAAGAAAUCAUGGCAAAGGAAGUAAUGGAGUACCUCGAUGAGGACCAUUGCGUCAACACGAUGACUGAAGCCUACUCUCAAAUCAUGGGUGAUCGCAGAGAGUUUGAAGAACUGUAUGAUUUGAUUGAGAGUACUGGCUUCGCCUACUUUCAUAUACUGUGUCGUGAAAUGGAUAUGGACCCGAGUUUAGGGAGGGACAACUUGGUUAAGACAGACAUGCAGCGAGCUGCUUGGGAUUACUAUGCAGCUAGUAGUUUGUCCAUUGAGAUUUUGAAAGACGAUGCCUUGCAGAAAGUUUAUUUCCGGGUCAAAGAUAAAAACGUGUUAAGAGAAGAGAUCAAAGAAAAGUUUAAAUACGAGGUUGACAGAACCUCCCCAAGUAACAAAAUUAGAGAUUUCAUGGAUUGGGCCAGUGAUAUCAUCCAGGACAUCAAAUAUCAACGAAAGAUCCACUCCAACAUUGUCGGAAGGAUAUUACUUAAAAUGUGGCUUCCCAUGAACUAUAUCGUGCUCUUUUUGAGUUUCAUCAUUAGCUGCGUCAUCAUGGUGACAUGGAGAGACCCCAAAAACGCGGAUGGAACCUCGAACACGGGGAGCAUAGUCCCUGAGUUCACCAUAGAUAGCAGUACAUACUAUCUGUUUUUGUAUGUGUGCGGAGGAAUACACAACUUUCUUAGCUUAAGUAUGUUGGUGACAUUUUUAAUUUCUAACCAGCCAACGUUCCCUCCAUACAAUUGGCUCAAAAAGAAAUUGUCGUCUAAUCGUGAAGAUGGCGACGAUGAUGACGUCAGAUCGUGGCAUGAAAAGAAAUCGGACCAAUCACAUCUAGAAUUUGAAAUUUACAACAUAUACACAAUUUAUUAUUUUCUGUUUUUCGUGUGCUCCGUUCUAGGUACAGUUUAUUAUGGGUAUUUCUUUUCCUUCCACUUGCUCCAUUUAGCUGAAUUAAAUCAGCUCCUAAAGAGGGUCCGACAGGCAGUUACCACCAAUGGUAAAUCUUUGUUAAUGGUUGCCCUCCUUGGCUUGGCUAUUUUUUUCUGCUACUCCUUGGUGGCCUUUGCUGUGUUGCGGGAGUCAUUCUUCCAAGAAUCAGCCGGACGACAUUGUCGAACUGUUUACCAGUGUUUUAUCACUAUGAUUCAUCAUGGCUUUGUUGACACACCUUAUACGACCUUUGAAGGUAUUAUGACCUCUGACUAUACUGACGUCAUCAAAGUGACGAUAUUUGAUGUCACAUUCUUCAUUCUUAUCACCACUAUUGGGCUGAAUAUUAUCUUUGGUAUCAUAGUGGACACGUUCUCACAGCUUCGAGAUGCCAAGUGGGAAAUUGACAAAGAUAUGAUGAAUAACUGCUUCAUUUGCAGCAGAGAAUCCUAUGAUUUUGAGAGACAUGGCGGGGGUUUUGAGAAACACGUGAAAACAGAGCACCACCAGUGGUCCUACCUGUUUUUCUUCAUCCACCUGACAGAAACACGUCCUAACGAUUUCUCCGCUCUGGAGUUGUUUGUUUACAACCAGCUAGAGAGACAUAUUUAUGAUUUCUUCCCCCUGAAUCGAGCCCUCAGUCUACAAAACGAAGAGGACUCUAAUGAACGAAAAGUAGAGAUUUUACGUAUUCAAGUGGAGUACAUGGUCAACAAAAUGAAGGAAGAGGCAGCUGAAAAGGAAAGACAAAAAGAGAAGCAGCGCCAGCUGGCCUGGGAGGCGGAGCAUAAGGCUCCUGUGACCAAUAAAAUGUCUCCAAAGUCUUCUAAAAAUACUAUCCACAAGUAAUCAAUGAAAAGAUCAUUCACAAGUUACCAAUAAAAAGAACAUUCUCAAGUAGCCAAUAAAAAGAAGUUCUUAAGUAACCAAGGAAAAGACUUUUUUUAAUAUGGGUAAACGUUCAACAUUUAAAUUACACAAGAAGAGGAAAGGAAACAGAAUUUUGAAACUAAAAAGUGCUUCCUUUGAAAUAUGCAUGCAUGACGUUUAC